AUGGGGUUAUUGCUGCAUCCUCGUCUAAAGGUUUUUGUUGAAGUUGUUCCAAUUGCGUCAACUUGUGGCCUGGAAAGCAAAUACAGUCACAACUAUCGCACUCCUGAGCCCUUCCGGAAUCGAGUUGUGGUUUUGAUAGGCAGUUCCAUGAGUGCUGCUGAUUUAUCUAUUGAGAUUGCUGAGGUAGCCAGAGAGGUCCACAUUGCAUCCAGAUCAGUGGCUGAUGAAACCUACGAAAAACAGCCGGGGCAUGACAAUCUGUGGCUUCAUUCUAUGGUGGAAAGCGCCAGUGGAGAUGGUACCGUGGUUUUCCGAUUUGGCUUUGCUGUUGUUGCUGACAUUAUUCUGCAUUGCACUGGCAUGUUUUUCCUCCCAUCUUUGGCUCCAGGGCUGUCCUUUGUUGGUAUACCAUGGAAGGCUGUCCCUUUUCCAAAGUCUGAGUUUCAGAGCAAGUGGAUUGCUGGUGUGUUAUCAGGUCGAUUUGUGCUUCCAUCACCGGAACACAUGAUGGACGAUGUUAAGGCCUUCUAUUCUACACUUGAAGGUGAAGCUUCUGGCAUUCCUAAACAUUACACUCAUAAGAUGUUAGAUUCUGGGGGGUACUAUGCCAAGCCUCAUGCCUGUGACAGUGAUGAUGAUGGUCUUUUAAGUUUUGACCUGCACAGCGAUGGAGAAGGUCUAAGAUAUUUAAAUGCCUCCAUCCAAGAUAAUGAAGUUGAUCAUGCAUUGGGUUCUAACGGCUCAGUUUUAGACUUUCCUCCUAAACGCCAUGCCAUAAUUUCCUGCCUUCAAAUGAAUGGAAAAGAGGUUUUCUGCUUUGCUGUUAGAUGUGUGCCCCAGUCUAUAGAGUGUGCUCUUGAAAAGGCCGGUCUCACUGGGUCAAGCAUUGAGUGGCCACUGAUCCACCAGGCAAAUCAAAGGAUCAUUGAUGCAGUUGCAACAUGCUUAGAAGUCCCGCCAGAAAGGAUCAUAUCAAAUGUGGCAAAUUAUGGUAACACAAGUGCUGCUUCCAUUCCAUUGGCUUUGGAUGAAGCCAUCAGAAGUGAGAAGGUGAAGCCAGGUCAUACCAUUGCAACUGCAGGAUUUGGAGCUGGUUUAACUUGGGGUUCUGCGAUCAUCAGAUGCGGUUGA